GCACGCCGGCCCCCGAAUAACAACUUCCAGUCUACGCCGAGGUGUUUUACCUGAUGCGACUUAUUCUUUAAUUUUUUAUAAUUAACGACACGUUUUACGCCUUAGAAAAUUCAUGUUAAUAAUCGGACUGCUAUAUAAUCGAAAGUUUAGCUCAACAAGUGCAAUUAAUAAUCUAAAUCAUAAGUGCAAGUAACUAACAAUAAACAGGUGCGACAGUUUGAAAGUGCAGUUUAAAUUGAUUUAGUAAGAAAUUGAGGCAAAUCUGCGGGCGGCGCAGACGCUGCUUCAGCACUGCCGAACGGCAUCGGGUUCGUGCACACCACAUUCGCUAUGCGUUCCAUUACGCAUCGAAUCGCAUAUGGAGCGAGCUGUAACGUACCGGUAGUCGAAAUCGGUGGCGCAAUCAUUCGAUUCCUGCCCGAUUUCCAAUUUUGAAUCAAUCCGAAUCGAAUCCAAGCGAUUCGAAUGUCUCCGCGUCGUCUGGUGCGACGGAAAUGAUGCACGCGGGCAUUUUUCCGAAAAGUGGAUUGUAGUCAACUCGGAAGUGAAACCAUGUCCGAUGGGGACCAGCGGGAGGACGUGGUGAAAACCACGCUGCCGACCAACCUCGACAAGGAUGUGUCGUCCAAUGGUGCUAAUGAUAGCGCGUCGUGCCGAGAUGCGCUAAUGAUGGGUCAGCGACGCAAAGGACUCACCACAAUUAUUAACCAAUUACGGAUGCACAAAAGAGAGCCGUACGAAGGCGAUACGAGUAUUACGAGGGAGCCUCCCAGUGAGGUCGAAGCGCCGAGCACUCCGAUCUCGAAACAGCGCCGAAGAGAGCGUGCUGUUACAACAUCGUUAACGCCGACGGGGGACUAUCAUCAAUCGAGUAUUAAUAACAAUAAUAACAUCAAUAACAACAAUAACGUGAAAAACGAACGGCUGAGUCCUGGAACGACCGACACGUCGUCCCGAUCUGUGACACCCUCGUCGGCGUCGCACCCCAAUACGCCACCCGCGGAAAAUUCUAUGCUCCAGCUUACAGGGAGGAACUACAGCGAUUUUAUGCGAAGCCUAGCGGCCAAAUAUCAAAAUACGAGUCCUAACGAAUAUUUUGCAAGGAACGGUUUUCCACCCGGCCUUGAUUCGCGAUUUAAGAGCAACUUUCCUCUCUUGCACCCUUCUAUGGUUCAGAACGUAAAGGAAGAAAUGGCGAAGAGCAAAGAUUUGAGCUCAUCGAUGCUUUUAAACCCAUUCGCCGCGGCUUCAUCGAUGUUCCCCCCACUGUUGGAUAUGUCCUCCACGCAAACCCUGCUUGCUAUGGUCCGCAGCGCCAAGGAAGCCGAGCUGCACACCCUCCUCAAGAAUGUCAAACGUAACGAGAGCUCCUCCCCUUUGGACUUAUCAGCCGCGGCACCACCGACCAAGAGAGCGCGAUUGAAAACGCCGGUGCCUAAGCGGGCGCAGUCUGAAAGUCCCAAACCCGGCGCCGCCACCAGUGUUCCGCUCGCCUGCACCGCCGCAGGCAGGCAGAAUGGCCAUCACCACACGCCCGCCGAAGAUAUCAGCAGGUGGGGCGUGGAGGACGUGUGCGCGUUUGUCGGCAGCAUCGACAUCUGCGCGGAGUAUGUACAGAAUUUCAAAGACCAAAGAAUCGACGGCUCCGGUCUGCCGUUACUCACCGAGGACCAUCUGACGUCGACGAUGCACAUGAAGCUCGGCCCGGCGCUGAAGUUACGCUCGGUGCUGGCGAAGAAGCUGGGAUCCUGCAGCGUCUGUCUGCACUGCACACACUGCCACAAUGCGAACGCCAGCACAUCCCUCAGCAGUACCUCGGUGACGAGUCCUGAUUCCAAUACGGAAUCUUCAGCCACCUAGCUUUUAAACAUACAUCUAUCAUCACCUAUAUCAUCACGUCUCUAUUUAAACAUAUUCAUCACAUCCGAAACUGAAAAGUGUUAUUAAUAUUCAUAUGGUUUACGAGUAUAUGUUAGUUUUAAAAAGUUUGAAAAUCCAUGUGAGUACAUGUCCAUCAAGUCGAAAUCAAUUGACAAGUCCAAAAUAACACUUGAUUUAAGUUUUAAUAUGUAAGUCAUUCUUUUAUGCUACUUAAAUAGUAAUAUUUUUUGUAAAUUAUUUGUUUAUGAGACUCCUCUAUAGCGGAUCAACGAAUUAUCGAUACGUUAAGAUUGUUUACCUGAACGUUCAUCCGACAUGCUCGUGCACGUCUUCUCAUUCAUGAUAAAAUGUGUAAAAUAUGCAAUGGCACUGUAAAUACUUCCUUUAUACAAGAUAUGUGCGAGGACUAGGCUAGACAAAGACGUUUAAUUGAUUUGUGCAAUUUUAAAGUGAACUUAACAAGAUAUGAAAGUGGGAUGAAUCAAAUCGAGACUGUAUGAUAUUGAUUAUGAUACGCAAAUAUCAUAAAUUAUUGCUCAAUCGAAUAUGUUUUAAUUUCUGUAUUAUUUUUUAUUUAUUAUUUAAAUAUUUAUUGUCGUGCAAACGACGGUGCGCAUUGUAGACGUAUCCUUUAUGAUAAUUAGUGUUAGUCCGAAUUUGUACGAUUUAUAUUUGAAGGCCUACAGUGUUUCAAUAAUCCAAGCAAUAAUACGCAGGAGGUAAAUUAAUGUUCCGUCCGUGUAAAUGUAUUUAUCAAUAUUGUAAAGCCCCUUUUUAUGUCAAAAUUUAAUAAAACAUAAAUUAUUA